CUAAUAAGAAGAAAAUUCUAUUUUUUUUUCUGUUACUAGGUGGUCAUGGUACACUUCUUGGAUUAAUAAAUUCUUUUAUCCAUAUCAUAAUGUAUACUUACUACAUGGUAGCAUCAAUGGGACCACAAUAUCAAAAAUAUUUAUGGUGGAAAAAAUACCUCACAAUGAUGCAAAUGAUUCAAUUUUGUAUAGUUUUUCUACAUAGUGCACAAGUGCUAUUUAGACAGUGUGAUUAUCCAAAAACCAUAGCUUUUUUACUCGCUUUUCAAGCAGUAUUUUUCUUUUAUUUAUUUGCUCAAUUCUUCGUUAAAGCCUACAUGAGCAAGGAAAAAGUGAAAACAACUGCAAAUGGUGUUCAUCAUAAGGAAGUGCAAGUUAAUGGUGUUGAAACUAAUGGAAUAGAAUUGAAUGGGUUACUUAAAACAAAAUUAAAAACGAAUAGUACGAUAUUGAAUGGUAAAACAAAUGGUACUGUAAACUACAUAGCAAAUGGAAAAAUUAAAGACAAUUAGUUUAUAAAUUUGUAAAUAAUAUAUUGAAUUAGUUGCUAUUAUAAUUUGUAUAGUUACGUUUAAGAGCAGAUUACGAUUAUGUAUUUAUUGUACCUUUUUGAUAUUGUACUUAUGUUGUUAAAUCUAAGGGGAUGUUAUAAUAUACAGCUCAAUAUGAAGUUA